AUGAAGGACGAUGGAGGUCACGCAGGAAUUCUGGCCAUUGGGCUUUUGUGUGUCCUUUGCUGGUUCGUCAGAGAUGGAUUGAAAGAAAAAGAUGUGAGAGGAAGAUAUAUCUUCAUAACGGGUUGUGACAGUGGCUUUGGCAAUGCCCUAGCAAAACAGCUCACAAAGAAGGGAUUCCGUGUCAUCGCAGCUUGUCUUUCUGAAAAAGGAAGUCAGGAGCUCCUGGCCUACACUUCCCAAUCUCUGAAAACAGUAUUAGUCAAUUUAACUGAUCCUAGCAGUGUUGACAAGGCUGUGGAGUUUGUGAGGGAAGAAACAGGCAAUGCGGGGUUGUAUGGCUUGGUAAAUAAUGCUGGAAGAUCCAUGCCCAUGGCCCCCACUGACUGGAUGGAACUGGGAGAUUUCCACACCACUCUGGAUGUCAACCUAAUAGGACUGAUUGGGAUUACCUUGAAGCUCCUCCCACUUCUGAAAAAAUCUAAAGGGAGAAUAGUCAACGUGUCCAGUGUUCUUGGCCGACUGGCCUGUAUAGGUGGAGGCUACUGUGUGUCUAAGUGGGGAGUGGAAGCAUUCUCCGACAGUUUGCGGAGAGACAUGCAACAUUUUGGAGUAAAGGUGAGCAUUAUCGAGCCAGGCUUCUUUAAGACUGGAGUGACAAAUUUAGAGUUCAUUGAGAGAGACCUUCUAAGACUCUGGAACCAUCUGUCUCCUGAAGUCAGAGAGUCCUAUGGGGAUAAAUACUUUGUUGAAUAUUUAAGGACGCAAAGAUUAUUCAUGAACAGACUGUGCAGUUCUGACAUCUCUAAAGUCACAGAAUGCAUGGAGCAUGCCUUGACUGCAAAGUAUCCAAGGAUGCGCUAUGGAGUGGGGUGGGAUGCCAAGCUCUUGUGGCUGCCACUCUCCUAUGCCCCAACAUUUCUAUCUGACUGGGUGCUGAAAAUGUGUUUUCCACUUCCCAGAGGCAGGAGUUUUCCAGGAGCUAGGUUUCUGAUGGAGGUUUGA